AUGCCACCCGCACUGCUCUCAAUCCCCGUCUUGGGCCAACGGCUGGGAAGGGAUGGACUUCGAGGGCCAGUUGUGCCUAUGGGCAAGGGAGGACCGAAUGCGACCAAGAGAGCCCCGAGAAAGUCUGGAAAAGCACCGAUCGGUGCUGGAAACCCAGACAAACACCAGCCUCCCGGGCUCUUGAGAACUUAUCACAAUUGGCGUAGCGGGAAGAGAGGGAGAAGCCCGAAGGGGCGGAGGCUGCAAUUUCCGCGGGAAUCGCCAGCCAAUCGGAUUCCCAAGCCUUCUCUUUUCCUGUCCCUUCCCGUUCCGUCCACCGCCUUUUCGGACCGCAUUGGACAACGCUGGUUCCCAGAGAGCGUUCUGCGCUUGCGCACGGCAGGGGCGGGGAAGGCCUGCCUGGCGUGCGGAUGGUUGGACACCUGCGCGGCGGACGUCGGGAGGCGGGGUGGGGACGCGGAGGAGGCCGCGGCCUCGGGUCUGUUUAGUUUGUGGGCGGCCUACAGAUUACAGUCCCGACCCCGUGGCCUGGCACUGGUGCUAAGCAAUGUACACUUCACUGGAGAGAAAGAUCUGGAAUUUCGCUCUGGAGGAGAUGUGGACCACAGUACUUUAGUCAACCUCUUCAAGCAUUUGGGCUUCAGCGUCCAUGUUUUGCAUGACCAGACUGCGAAGGAAAUGCAAGAGAAACUCCAGAGUUUCGCACAGUUACCUGAACACCGGGUCACAGACUCCUGCAUCGUGGCACUCCUCUCGCAUGGUGUGGAAGGCAGCAUCUAUGGUGUGGACGGCAAAUUGCUCCAGCUCCAGGAGGUUUUUCGGCUCUUUGACAAUGCCAACUGUCCAGGCCUACAGAACAAGCCAAAAAUGUUCUUCAUCCAGGCCUGCCGUGGAGAUGAGACUGACCGAGGGGUUGACCAGCAAGAUGGGAAGAACCAUGCAGGAUCCCCUGGGUGUGAGGAGAGCGAUGCAGGCAAAGAGGAGUUGCUGAAGAUGAGACUGCCCACACGCUCAGACAUGAUAUGUGGCUAUGCCUGCCUCAAAGGGACUGCUGCCAUGCGCAACACCAAACGGGGUUCCUGGUACAUUGAGGCGCUCACUCAGGUGUUCUCUGAGCGGGCUUGUGACAUGCAUGUGGCUGACAUGCUGGUUAAGGUGAAUGCGCUUAUAAAGGAGCGUGAAGGCUACGCCCCUGGCACAGAGUUCCACCGAUGCAAAGAGAUGUCUGAGUAUUGUAGCACUCUGUGCCGUCACCUCUACCUGUUCCCAGGACACCCUCCCACGUGAUGCCACCUUCCUGUUCCUGCUGGUGGGAGCCAUUGGACCACCAAAGGCACAAGAGAGCCUUUUCUUCAGGACGAAUGGUUUCCAUUCUGCCCCCUCAGGGAUGCGGCUUGUUUCCUGUGUCCAUCAUCUCCACCUUGGUAUCUGGACUCGAGACCAGCCUCUCCUGGGUGGCACUGACUCCUUGUAGAGCCGGCAACUCUGGCCACACUUGUUGCUGGGAAUGUUUUUGUCUGUGGCCUGGCAGGUGAUAUGAACACAAUGUGGUCAUGGAAGAGAGCAUGUGGAUCACUGGUGUUUGUGGUAUUCUGUCCUCAUGGCUUUUAGGUAGCACUUUGUUACUGCUUUCAGUUCAGACACCUCAGCAAUCAUCUACUGUUUUCAUGGUCCAGCCCCUUUUGUACCAUGGUGAGAGUGGAAGGUGUCCUUGUUUAGACAUUUUCAUUUGGCUUGAAGAGGCAAUUGUGACAGCCUCGCCCUGCUUCUAGGGGUGCGGGCUGGUGGUCCCUGUGCCUCCCCAUCAGGACUGCAGGCCCAGGAGAAAGACAAGCAUCUCAAACACCCUCCCCCCCACCUGUGCUCCUUUGAGUUCCAAGCACCCAGACUUUCAACAGAGCCUCUGGUCUGCAUGCCUUGCAUUUGGAAAUAGAAUGAUCUUUCUUAGUUGAUCUUUCCCUGAGCUGUUAUGCUUUCAGGAGUGUCGGCAGAAGUCCAGGAAGAGUGGUGUACCUCCUUUCACUGUCACCUGUGAAGUGUCUGCUUUUUCCUUCCUGUGAGGUGUCACUUCCAUGCAAUCAGCUGUGCCUCAUAUCUGAAUUUUUCUGUAUAAGCUUUCUAGUUGUUAGCUCCCUGUUUCAUCUCAUCCUGUUCACUGCUGCCACCAACUCUGUCUGACAUACUCCUGCACUUGAUCUUUUAGCUGCUCACGGGUGUAACAGUACCUUGUUCUUGCCCCCUGCUUCUGUCAGACUCUCCUGUGAUUUUGUGUGGCCUCAGCUCUCUCUAUUUCUGUUUAAUGCAUAUAUUACCAUACAGAUGUUACUCUUUCAACCGAAAAACUUCCUUCUCUCUGCCUUUGAAAACUUCCUGUUCUUAAGACCUUCUUUUGUAUUUAUUUCCAUUCUUGUCUUCCUGUAAUCUAUUCUCCACACAACAGAGUAGUUUUUGUUUUUUAAGUAUAAAUUAGAUCCUUUACUGCUUGGAACCCUUUGACCUCCUGUACAUCUCAUAAGACCUACCCAUACCCCCUGCUCUGCUUUAUUUGAUCUGGUUCUUAACUUCCCCUUGAACCUCGUUUAGUGGUAAUUUCUCACUAUGCUCCAGCCCCAGUGACCUCCUUGAUUGCUCAGAUGUUCUGUGUUCUCCAUCCCACCACUUUUGUUUUUCCUUUUGCUGGUACUGGGGCUUGAAUUCAGGGUCUCACACUUGCUUGGCUUGCUUGCUUGCAGCUAGUACUGUACUACUUCAUGCUGGUUAGAUAAGAGUGUUGGGGGCCUUUCUACAUGAGCUAGCUUUGAACUGUGAUCCUUUGCAUCUCAGCCUCUUGAGUAGCUAGUGUUACAGUAGUGAGUCACCAGUACCUAGCUUCCAUCCCAUGCUCUUGAAUAAGAGUGGCAUCUUAUUCUUCAAGUAUGAUGGGGCCUUCCCAGGCCAUUCUGUCUGCAAACAGUCUUCUGUAUUUCGUAAUUACUGCAUCUUAUUAAUCCUUCAUUGGACUUAACUGCAAUCUGUAAUGAUAUGUUUUCUUGUUUUACUUACUCAUUUUUACCUCUCCUUCUUGGCUGUAAACUCAAAGAGGGUACAAACCCUGCAUUUCUUACUCAUCAGUAUAUACCCAGAGUCUAGCACUUAUUAGGUCUUCAAUAAAUGUUUGUUGAAUGAUAGAAGGAGGCAAGUAUCCAACCCCUCCUAGAAUCCUACUUUUUGGCAGAAUUUCUCGUUUGACAUUAUGCACAGUUUAGUAUUUUCAGUCUGUUUUUCUGGGUUAUUUUUAUCUACUGGUAUUUUUAGAUCCUUGAAGACAAAUGAUCUGUGAGACGACUUCCUUCACAUCUCCCAUGGUGCCUAGCAAACUGCUAGGCCCAAAGUAGUAGUCAAGGUGCUCAAUUAAUGUUUGUUCCACGCCGAGUGGUUUGGAGACUUGCUGCCACAUCCUGCCUUUGGGUCAGUCAGUCAGUACAGGAUGGACAUAUUUGAGUGGUAGAACUUUUCCACUUCCCACUGCCAAGAUUUUGUAUUGCCAUCAGGUGCCAAAUAAAUGUUGAUGUUUGU